UUUUGGUGCCUCCUCAGGACGGCGGGCUGCAGCGUGUCCGUCUCUGCCCAGCAAACCAGCACGGGGCUGCUAUUCUCUGUGUCCCUCAUCCAACGUUCCCCCCAGUGGAAGGCGUUUGCUGUGGGGUUUUGCUGACAUCUUCUUGCUCCCCGUGGUGCACGAGCCCCGUGACCCAGCGUGCAGGCCUGGCAGAGGGCCGGCCGCCAUCAAGAGUUCGCCCAACUCCUUUCCUUAGGAAGCAAGGCCACGGAUUGGCUUGUGGACUUGCAGACACAAGGUUCGGGCAGCGCACCACAGACAGCUGGUGCUGCCCGGGCCAGCAAGAGGCAGUAAAAGCAGCUUGCGGCAGCCUUUCCUCUUCUCUCAUGUUUAUUCACCCCUGUCUUUUCCCGAGAUCUAAGCAGCCUCCUAAAGGAGACGCCCUUGUCUUCAGAGAUUUCCAUGCUUAGAACCCUCCUAGUCAUUUUUUGUUCCGCCUUCCUUCAACUGGAAGAACGCACAAACCUGGUUCUAUUUUAAUGCAGUGGGAUUCUCUGGGAACUGGAAGGCGUCCACUGCGCGUGGGUGGGUGCUCCCUUCAAAAACCGGAUGGGUUGUUCCUGUAAAAGAUGCCUGGGAUGAAGUCCCUGCCUAGAGAGAUACUAUCUGAGAGGGGCUGGGGAGAGAGGAGAGGAUAAAGAAUGCCUUGAGACAGACAGCUAGAAAUAGUGAACUCUGCACUGCUGUACCUUGUAUAAAUUGCCUUGUGCUAUUGAGGACUAAGAAAAAACAGCUGGUAUAAUUUCAUUACAAAAAAUACAUAGGAACGGAUGAAGCUUUCUGGAUUCUUUGAGCCACACUGCAGCUUUUCCAUGUGGCAGUGAGCCCCCCAGAUGCCCUUGGUGUCUUCUGUAUUGCAUUCACAGCAUGCUGCCGUGCAAGAAGUGAUGCCUUCAGCGUGCAUGUACCUGCUGUGUAGGAACUGCACUUACCCGUCGGGGAGGGUGGCCUCCUGAAGACAGCUGCUGGCUCUCAUCCGUUCCUCUGCAGAUUUUAUUUUACAUAAAUGGGCUUUACUACGUCUUCUACUUCGUGGCGACGCUGGCGAUGAUGGUUUAUAAAAGUCAGGUUUUCAGUUACCCGGAUCGUUUUUUGGCUCCCGAUCUUGCACUGCUCUGCAUCAUGGCCAUUCUUGAAGCGCUGCGGUUGUUCUUGGGUUCAAAGGGUAACCUGACAGAAGAAGAGGCUCCUUUAGGUCUCAGCCUUGUGAUAACGUUCGGAAGCAUGAUUCUGUCUGUGUAUUUCCUGAUAUGGCAAACGGUACAGCUGACCUACGCAAAAGAGACUUGGGCAAGACUGCAUGUGUGCAAAAACCUUCUGCUCCUGCUCCUCUUUGUAGGCCUCUCUGCCCUGGGGAAGUGUUUGAGUGGUGGUAGAAAGGAACAAGAGACACUUCCUGUGGAAGCACCCAGUUUCAUCCUUCAUCUGUAGCUGGGGGAGAUCCUUGCAAGCCAGGUAACGCCGGCUUCUGGCCACAUCGUGCUGCCCAGCAGUCAAAACCAAAACAUGCACAGCGGCAUGGACCUCCCCGGGCCACAUCCUCGUCUUGUUCAAGUCAGUGGCACAAACAACGCUCUGCUGAUCAGCAGGAGCAAGGCUGCGCCCAGGAAGGCAGCAAAGCAGCAGAACUGGGUGCUGAGCAGCCAGGAAAUGGAAUGGCCAAAUGUUUCUGGGCUUGUGCGCAAAUCAAAUACCCACCCGUUCAUUCCUCCCAAUCUGCUUGGCAUAAUGGAAUGCACUCAUCACGUAUUUGUUACGAAGACUGACAAACACACCCACCUGGAUCUACCCUCGUAAUGAUGAAUGCAUUCCAAGCAGAAGCCCUUUCUGUAUGCAUACAAAUAAGAGGGCACAUUUUUCCUGGUGUCUCUUUACGCCUGCCUUGUACAGAAAGCUGGUCACAGAAAGUCUGACGGGUUUUAAAGGCAGCUGCUAAGUGGAAUAUUGU